GGCGCGGGGCGGGCGGCGCGGGCGGGGCGGCCAAUGGGAGGCGGGCGGGGCGGCGGGGCGGCCAAUGGGCGGGGGCGGCGCGCGGCGGCCAUGGGGCUCCUCACCAUCCUCAAGAAGAUGCGGCGCAAGGAGCGCGAGCUGCGGCUGCUCAUGCUGGGCCUGGACAACGCGGGCAAGACGACCAUCCUGAAGAAGUUCAACGGGGAGGACGUGGCCACCAUCUCGCCCACGCUGGGCUUCAACAUCAAGACGCUGGAGCAUCGCGGGUUCAAGCUGAACGUGUGGGACGUGGGCGGCCAGAGCUCGCUGCGUUCCUACUGGCGCAACUACUUCGAGAGCACCGACGGGCUGGUCUGGGUGGUGGACAGCGGCGACCGGCCCCGGCUGCGGCUCUGCGCCCACGAGCUGCGGGGGCUCCUCCGCGAGGAGCGCCUGGCCGGCGCCACCCUCCUCAUCUUCGCCAACAAGCAGGACCUGCCGGGGGCCCUGUCGGCCACCGCCAUCCGCGAGGCGCUGGACCUCGACGGCAUCCAGAGCCACCACUGGUGCAUCCAGGCCUGCAGCGCCUUCACGGGCCAGAACCUGCUGGCCGGCAUCGACUGGCUGCUGGACGACAUCGCCGGGCGCGUCUUCACCGCCGACUGACCCCCCCCGGACGCCUGGGCCCCCCCCCGGACACCUGGGCCCACCCCGGACACCUCCCCCCUCCCCGGAGCCCGUUUGGGGUGAAUAAACAUGGGGGCUGCAGCUCCCCCCCCCCCAUG